GUAAAUGCACUUUGUACUGUCCGACAUCUUCAUCAUCACAAAAUGUACUACUCUCGACAGUGUUAUACAUUGACUACAAAAUUAUUUUCAACUUUUAAUUUUACACGAUUCAUUUCUCAUCGUAAUUCACAAAUCUCCUACUACUUUCCUCGUCAACUCUUAUGCAUCAGUAGUAUUAAUCAAUAUCACAAUAGUUCAUUGACAAAUUCUUCUUCUUUGUGCACGACAAUCUCAUCAUCACAAACUGAUGCAUCAAAUUCAACAGAGAUGAUGACGAUGUUGACUAGUCAAUAUUUACCGACCGAAUGGUUGCAACAAACAUUUUCUAAUUUAUCUAUAUUGAAUAAUCUGAAAAAUUUACUUAUAUCAUGUGAAUAUGAGUGGAAAUUAGGUCGUUGGCCUUCAGUUAAAUCGUUUAGAUGUAAUGAAGAUAAUGAUCGAAGUAUUGAGGCGGAAUCAUUGCUGGAUAAGCUAUUUUUGAAAGUUUAUCAAAAAGCAUUGAAUAUUGACGCUAAAACUAGUAUACAAAUCAUUUAUAAUGUAUGUAAAUAUGAAUUCAGUGAACAAAGUGUACUCGUACAAUCUAAUCAACAAUUUGAUCCAGUACAAAUUCGUUUAGAUAUAUUGAAUUGUAAUUCAAUGCUUAGUAAAUUAUAUGAUCCAUUAAUGAAUAUUGGUGUGAAACAUGUAAAUAAAUUAAUUGAACAUUGUCCAGAAUUACCAUUAUCUACCAUGAUGAAUAAUUGUACUACUACUACUACUACCACUACUACUACAACAAUACCUAUCCAUUCCAAUCAAUAUGAUACUGUUGACAGUAGUAAUACUACGUUGUUGUCGUUGUUGUCUAAUAAAACUAUAUUACAAGAAUCAUUAGAAGUACUGAGUCAUUAUUUAACUCAUAAUGAUGUAUUGAAUGUUGUACAACGUUUUCCAAGUGUAUUACUACGUGGACGUACAGAAUUAAUUGAUAUCUGUGAAUUUUGUAUACAUGAAAUGAGUUUAGAAUCAUAUGAUUAUGUCACGAAAUUAUCUGCACCAAGCCAUCGACAUGCAUUACGUCAUUCCACUGGUUUAUGUAUAAGUAAAUGUCCUAUAUGGGAAUUAUCAUUAGAUCAUGUUCGUGCACGUUAUCUAUUUUUACGUUUAAUUGGUUAUUGGCCAUUGGUUAGGAAAACCAUUGAUAAGACAAUUAAUGUAGAUCAACAAUUAGCCCAGCUAUUAAAAUCAACACCGGAACAAUUUACACAAUGGUUAAAUCAUCAUACGAAUAAUUUAUCUUCUUCAAAAAAUAAUCAUUCAAUUGAUGAUAAUCCAACUAUACCAAAUCAUAUUUUAUUUAAUAAACAAGAUAUUAAAUUUUAUGAAGAGAUUUAUUCACAUUUACUAAUCGAUACUAAUGAGGACGAGGAUGCUGAUGAUGAUGAUGAUGAUGAUGAUGAUGACCAUGAUGAUAUUGAUCAUGUUGAUAGUCAUCGUCAUCGUCAUCAGAAACAUUUGAAGAUGGCAUCGAUCGGUGGUGGUGGUGAUGAUAUGUCCAAGCAAUGAUUGAUGUGAAUGUAACUAUUCUCUAUUCAUGAUGUUGUUGUAUUUGUGUCUGUAUAUAAAUAAACUGUUGUACUUUACA